AGAUAAAAGUCGUUAGCCCAAGCCCCUGAAUGUCCUUUCCUUAUUGUGUGUACUUGCACAGUCCUUGUUGAAACAUGGCCUAUGUUCUGCGAUCUGCCGCCCGAAAGGGCACUGAAAUCCUUGGGUAUGGCUCCGGUCGCUAUUUUCACGCUACAGCUUAUGCUGCAUCUAAAGCGGUGCCAAUGAGCCGUUUCGAGCAAGACAAGUUUCUGGACUAUGACAAAAUGGAGUACAAUGUGAAACUAGCAAAGGACAAGCUGGGCCGCCCUCUGACCCUUUCUGAAAAGAUCCUGUACGGCCAUCUGGACAAUGUGAAAAACCAGGACAUUGAGAGAGGAGUGAGUUACCUCAAGCUCCGCCCGGACAGAGUGGCUAUGCAGGACGCUACAGCACAGAUGGCGAUGUUGCAGUUCAUCUCCAGCGGCCUGCCCAAAGUGGCGGUGCCGUCCACCAUCCAUUGUGACCACUUGAUUGAAGCCCAAGUGGGAGGAGAGCAGGACUUGAAGCGGGCGAAGGAUCUCAACAAGGAAGUGUAUGACUUUUUGGCCACGGCCAGCUCUAAGUAUGGAGUCGGAUUUUGGAAGCCAGGCAGCGGCAUCAUUCAUCAGAUUGUUUUGGAGAACUAUGGAUUUCCCGGUGUUCUGUUGAUCGGCACAGACAGUCACACUCCCAAUGGAGGUGGCCUCGGAGGUCUCUGCAUUGGUGUAGGUGGCGCUGAUGCUGUCGAUGUCAUGGCCGAUAUUCCCUGGGAGCUGAAGUGUCCAAAAGUGAUUGGCGUGAAGCUGACCGGUAAGCUCUCUGGCUGGACCUCUCCCAAAGACAUCAUCCUGAAAGUGGCAGGCAUUUUGACGGUGAAGGGAGGCACCGGAGCCAUCGUGGAAUACUUUGGGCCGGGUGUCGACUCCAUCUCUUGCACAGGAAUGGGCACUAUCUGCAACAUGGGUGCUGAGAUUGGAGCGACCACGUCUGUGUUCCCCUACAACCACCGCAUGCAGGACUACCUCAAGGCCACCAACAGGGAAGGAAUCGCAAGCCUGGCAAAUAACUACAAGGGACUUCUGUCAUCUGAUUCUAAUGCUCAGUACGAUCAGCUCAUUGAGAUCAACCUUAGCGAGGCCUCAUCGGCAGCUGCACCAACAGCAGCUACGAAGACAUGGGCCGCUCGGCCAGCAUCGCCAAACAGGCUCUGGAACACGGGGUCAAGGCCAAGGCCGCCUUCACCAUCACGCCAGGCUCGGAGCAGAUCAGGGCCACCAUUGAGAGAGACGGCAUGGCCUCUACCUUGAGAGAUAUCGGUGGAGUGGUGCUGGCCAACGCGUGCGGCCCCUGCAUCGGGCAGUGGGACCGACAGGAUGUGAAGAAAGGGGUGAAGAACACCAUCGUGUCCUCCUACAACCGCAACUUCACAGGCCGCAACGACGCCAACCCGGCCACACACGCCUUCGUCACCUCCCCUGAGCUGGUCACGGCUCUGGCUAUCGCUGGCGAUCUGUCGUUUAAUCCUUUGACCGAUGAGCUGACAGGGGCAAACGGCGAGAAGUUCAAGCUGGACAGUCCGUACGGCGACGAGCUGCCCCAGGCUGGCUUUGAUCCCGGCCAGGACACCUACCAGGCGCCCCCGGCCGACAGCAGCUCCGUGCAGGUCCAGGUGGCCCCCGACAGCAACAGGCUGCAGCUGUUGUCUCCCUUUGACAAAUGGAACGGCAAAGAUCUGGAGGACUUGUUGGUUCUCAUUAAGGUGAAAGGCAAGUGCACCACCGACCACAUCAGCGCUGCUGGCCAGUGGCUCAAGUUCAGAGGUCAUUUGGACAACAUCUCCAAUAACUUGCUCAUCGGUGCUGUGAACAUUGAGAACGAUGAAAUGAACAAGGUGACCAACCAGCUGAACGGAGAGUCCGGUGGUGUUCCUGACACAGCCAGAUAUUACAAGGCACAAGGCAAGGGCUGGGUUGUGGUCGGAGAUGAGAACUACGGCGAAGGCAGCAGUCGCGAGCACGCCGCUCUCGAGCCCAGACAUUUGGGCGGCCGCGCCAUCAUCGUCAAGAGCUUUGCCAGAAUUCAUGAGACCAACUUGAAAAAGCAAGGUUUGCUGCCAUUGACCUUCUCUGACCCCGCAGACUACGACAAAAUUCAGCCCACUGACCGCAUCUCAUUGGUCGGCCUGAAAGAACUUACUCCUGGGAAGCCCGUGGAGUGCCACAUCAAGCAUCAAGACGGCAGCGUGGACAAAAUCCAGCUGAAGCACACGAUGAACGAGGGACAGAUCACCUGGUUCCGUGCUGGCAGCGCGCUCAACAGAAUGGCAGAAGUUGCUGGGAAAUGAAGAGACAAUUUGAAAUUUAAUGUAGAACAAAUACUGGAAACUUAGCACAUCUUUCAAUGCAUUGUAGGAAUGCCGCGUAGGUAAUGGAUCUCACUUAAUAUUUAGGUGAUUAGGUGUUGAGAACGUGGGAAACAAUUCUUUCUGAUAAAUUUCAGUUUGAUUUGGAAACAUCUGCUGUCUUUUUUUUUGGUGAGUUUUUUUCUCUGCUGAAUUGUGAAUGGCUUUGUUUGAUCUCAGAGAUCAAUCAAUGGAUAACUCUACCUCUUUGAUAAGGAAGGGACAGUUGCGCUUCGUACUUGAUAUUUGGGCUGACAGCAUAAUGUGUCCUGUCGAAUGUGACUCGAUGAUCUAGGUAAUAUGUGACUACAUACUUCGUGUUUCGUGUCAUGUUUCUGUGUUUAAUGGUUGUGUCUUUAGUUCGCGGAUGAUUUAACAAAGACCCAUAAUAUAUGUUAUACUUACCAUGAAGUAUUUGGAACUAGUACGCUCAUUUAUCUUUUCACUUUUCAAUGCUUUUAUUUCCUCUCUGGUCUCACUUAUAAUAAGCCGUAGUUUAGUGUUGUAAAGUAUAUUAUAACAUAGAGUGUGGAUUAAAUAGUUUUCUCUUCCAGAUUGUGUGAUCUUAACCUGUUCACAAAAGUGUUUACGAAAGAUAAGUUGGUUCUCCUGCUGUUGGCAUUAUGGUUUUUUUAAUCAAAUGUGCCAUAAUCAUGAGGUGGAGCCACUCUGGUCUUUAUACAAGCCCUGCAGCAGUUUUACGACUCAAAUGUUGACACACGCACCAAAUACAAUACAUAGAUUUAACCUGGAGACGAGAUGUUAUGUUCGGUAUACUUAUAAUUUUUAAUGUUAUGCUCGUUUGUCCUUUUUCAAGACGAUGGGCCACAUUGUGUAUAGAAAGGAUGUUGGAAGCCAUUCACACGCCUGCUUACUUAAUGAAUCUAUCGUGGAAAUACAACUGGCUGUUUCCCAAAGUUUUGCAAUAUAUAGUGCUGUACGAUACAUUGAUACAUAUCCAGAGUUGAGUUGUCUUCAUCACUAUUCUCUUGUUUUUUGCACAAGUGUGCUUUAUUUUUUAAGAUUUAUCUACCGUCAGGAUAUUGGGAAAACAAAACUAUUGUGUAAAUAACUGAUGAGUGAAAUAGUCCUUGAUUGAGUAGAGUUAACAGCAGAAUCAUGUCUUCAUGCUCUCGAGUCCCUCGUCCACGAUCUACUAAGACACGUCAUGUACUUAUAUAAGUUGCACGACUUGUUGUUUUUUUCAGCUCAUCAUUUUCGUGAAUCUCAAGAGUAUACUCCCUAUCCCCCCUCAAAAGCUGUAGUCCGGUUGACUUUGCUUAGAUUUAGCUUGGUAUGUGCAUGGAGUGGAUUGUGAGAGACUCGGUGUAUGGAAGAGCGUCGCUGUUAAACUGAUUGUGUGUUUGAUUUUUAAGGUAUGUCUUAAAAAUAAAAGUCACUGUGAUAAAAUU